UGACUUUGACACUCAAGAGAUCUACAUAUGCGAAUCUACAAGUAAAAUUGGACUAGAAAUUUAAUGCUCUAUGAGAUUUAGCACGUUGUUGAUUAGUUUUCUAGCUUAUAGCUCCUUUUUGUUGUUAGUUGUGUUCUUGGUUAUUAAAGAAGGGAACCCAGAGAUUGGAUGGCGGAAAUAUUUUUUAAAUUGCCCUUCUUCUGAAUUUUUUUCCCUUUCUUUGCAAAUGAGUUUCGUUUCAAACAGAAGAAGAGUCAUCGGGAUCACAUCUCAAGUACUGACCAUCUUGGUGUUGUCGGAGAUCUGCAUCGCAAUCGAUAUUCCUGCUAAUUUUGUUUUUGGUGACUCCCUAGUCGAUGCUGGAAACAACAACUAUAUUGUAACACUCUCAAAGGCUAAUUAUGUCCCUAAUGGGAUUGAUUUCGGCAGGCCAACGGGACGAUACACCAAUGGCAGAACCAUUGUUGACAUUAUAGGUCAAGAAUUCAGUUUUGAAGAUUUCACUCCUCCUUAUCUGGCUCCCACAACAGUAGGAUCUGUGGUUCUGAGGGGUGUCAAUUACGCUUCCGGUGGAGGUGGAAUUCUUAAUCACACUGGAGAACUUUUUGGUGGUCGAAUUAACCUGGACCCGCAGAUUGAUAAUUUCGCAAACACCAGGCAAGACAUAAUCUCAAGAAUUGGUGCGCCUGCAGCCCUAAAUCUUUUUCGAAGGGCUCUCUUCUCCGUUACAAUUGGCUCGAACGAUUUCAUUAAUAACUACUUCACACCUGUGGUCUCAGUUCCCGAGCAAAAGUUAAUUCCUGGACAGUUGUUUGUGGGCACCAUGAUAGCAAGAUUCAGACUACAACUAACGAGAUUAUACAAUUUGGGUGCUAGAAAAAUUGUUGUGGCAAACGUGGGUCCUAUUGGGUGCAUACCAUAUGAGAGAGACACAAAUCCUUCUUCAGGAGACAAUUGUGUUGUUUUUCAGAAUCAGCUAGUUCAGCUAUACAACACACAGUUGAAAAGCCUAAUCUCAGAGCUUAGUGCAAGCUUGGAGGGAUCGAUUUUCAUCUAUGCAGAUGUUUAUCGCAUUGUAGAAGACAUCCUGCAAAAUUACAAGUCAUAUGGUUUUGAGAAUGCAAAUACAUCAUGCUGCUACGCUGCUGGGAGAUUCGGUGGUCUGUUACCAUGUGGUCCAACGUCUAAAGUUUGUGUAGACAGAUCCAAGUAUGUUUUCUGGGAUCCAUACCAUCCUUCUGAUGCUGCUAAUGUCAUCAUAGCGAGGCGCCUAACGGACGGUGACUUGAAUGACAUUUCACCAAUGAACAUUCGUCAACUCUCUGCAGUUUGACUCGAUGGGGGAAAUUAUAGGAUUUUUCAAGCAGAAAUUUUACUUCUUAUUGAUAAUUGAUUGUGGGAUAGAAUGAUAUUAUAGGAAAGGAAUGAAAAUUGCAUUUAGAUUUAUAUUAUACGAAAAAAAUGAAAUUUGCAUUUCUAGA